AAACCAGCUGUGUGAUUCUAUCGGCCUCUCCCCUCCCUCGCAUCGGUAUCUCUACUAACUCUACUCCACCUCUUUGAACUUUGUUGCUUCAUUUAUUGCCAAGAUCUGGUUUCUCGCAACAGUUCACGCUGCCAUAAGUGUGGAGAUUGGCUUCCGGUUGGGUUUUCCGGCGAAGGGAAUGGAAUAAUUGUGUGAGAUCUGAUACAUUGCAAUGAAGAUGAGGACAAAUUGAGCAAUGAUUUAGAAGAGAUGGAGAGAAAAGGGAGUUGGUUUUCUUCAGUAAAGAAGGCUCUCAGCCCAGAUUCUAAGGGAAAGAAAGACAAGAAAGCAAGUAAAUCCAAGAAAUGGUUUGGGAAAGAAAAGCCAUCAGUUUCGGAUUCUCCAAUUCCAAAUUAUGUUGAAGAAUCUCAACCUCAACCUCAUGCUCAAUCUCUUCCACCGUUGAAUGAGAUAAAAUUGAUCGAGGAUGAGAAUGAGCAAGCAAAACACACAUUCUCUGUUGCUGUAGCUACCACUGCAGAAAUUGAAGUGGCUGCAGAUGCACAGGCAGCAGCAGAGGUGGUAUGGCAUACUAAGGGAAAACAAUUUGCAGGGAAAUCCAAGGAGGAAGUGGCAGCAAUCAAAAUCCAGACUGCAUUCCGUGGUUACCUGGCUAGGAGGGCACUGCGAGCUCUAAGAGGGCUGGUCAGACUGAAAUCACUUGUUGAUGGUCCAACUGCCUACUGCCAAACUGCGAAUGCUCUGAAAUGCAUGCAGACAUUAUCUCGUGUGCAAUCUCAAGUUCAGUCAAGAAGGCUGAGGAUGUUAGAGGAGAAUCGAGCACUCCAGAGACAGAUCCUGCAGAAACAUGCCAAGGAACUGGAGUCUUUGAGAAUGGGAGACGAAUGGGAUGAUAGUCUACAAUCCAAGGAGCAAGUUGACGCCAACUUGCUGCACAAGUAUGAAGCUGCAAUGAGGCGUGAAAGGGCAUUAGCUUAUUCUUACACCCAUCAGCAGCAAACAUGGAAGAAAUCAUCAAAAACUACCAACUUACUGUUCAUGGACCCAACUAAUCCUCACUGGGGUUGGAGCUGGUUAGAACGAUGGAUGGCAGCGCAGCCUUUGAACUCUCAAAGCACAUCAAACAAAGAUCCUAAUAACGAUCGUCCAUCCAUCAUGGGAACUCCUAGAGGAGAAAUUACAAAGUCCUUUGCUCAUCAUCAACUAAACUCCGAGAUCCAAUCCUCACCGGCUACCCCAAAGCCUUCCGGGAACAAGUACACUUCCACUCGUUCACCCGGUGCCAAGAAAUUAAAGCCACCGAGUCCAAGAGCGAGUGCAAUAAGCCAAGAUGAUGACUCAAGGAGCAUGGUCAGUGUACUGUCGGAGCGUAACAGAAGGCACACCAUUGCUGGCACAUCAGUUAGGGAUGACGAGAGCUUCACGAGUUCUGCAUCCGUGCCGAGUUACAUGGUGCCCACUCAGUCAACCAAAGCCAAGUUGAGGUCGCCGAGUCUUCCAGGACUAGGAGUAGAGAAUGGAAAUACACCAGAGAAGAUCCCUGCUGGGGCUGCCAAGAAACGGCUGUCUUUUCCUCCUUCUCCUGCUAGAGCCGGGAGACGUUCUGGACCACCGAAGGUUGUGACAGCUCCUUUGCCGACAACAUUGUGAAUUUGAAGGGUGAGUUCACUUCCUCCUGCAUAGUACAAAGAUGUCACGAUUUGGUAAAGUUAUUAUACCCAUUACAUUGGUAUAAUUUAUUCAUUGCUUUGGUGUCAUUGAGUUGAGGUCGAUUGGUUCAAUCUUGGGUGAAUACUAAGUAUAGAUAACUGUUUUCCUUCUCUUACCAUUGUUGUUGUGGUUUGCUAUAUCAUACAAUUGGACCAUAUACUGUUUGUUUGAAUGUAAACUUUUCAUUUAUUUA